UGCGUUUUCACACCACCACGCCACCUCCGCUUUUGGUUUGCAGUUGUUGUGUCUAUUCCUAUGUUUUGAAUAUCACAUAUCCAAAUUAAAACGUAACCCCUUUCAAGUCCUUUGAUUUCCGUGAACUCCUCUGCCUCUGUUGUUGUUGUUCCGUGUCUCUCUUCUCUUUCAUAUGCUCUGUGAAUACUGAAUCCAUGGCUGAUUAAAUCCAUGGCGUAUGUUUCCCACUUUACGUUUCUGGGGACUUUCUCGCUCUCUGUUUUCUCCUACUUGCUCCCACUCUUCUCUCACUUCUCCGCAUUCCUCUUCAGAUUAAGAAAGGGCAAUGGUACUUUGGAGAAAAGUUUUGAUUUUUCAGAGACGGAGGCGGAGGUUGAUGGUGCAGAAAGCAAGAGAGAAUCAGGUAAAGCAGAGAACAAAUCCCAGAAGCAGAAGGAUUGUUUCGAUUUCUCCCACGAGGCUCUGUUCCAAUCUGAAAAAGAAAAAGAGUGGUUAGUUACAGAUUCUUAUUCUGCGGCAACUGGUUUUGAGCAUAUGAGCAGAUUAGGAGAUUCCUUAAGGAGCGAUGGAUUCUUGUCAGAUGAAGAUUUCGAGAUCGAUUCCUUUAAGGAUUUGAACUACGGCGACAACGUUGUUAUAUUCCACCACCCAGAAAUCCCAGACGAAAAUAAUCAAGAUUCUGGGCAGUUUGCUGGCAGUGAAAGUUAUGUAAUAAUGGAAGAAGAGCUCAGGGAGCUGGAACAAGAUCAUCUCUGCAAGAUGGAGAGUAUGGCAUCAGAAUUUUUAUCAGAGAGUGAUUUUCAUGAAGAGUUAGAAAGUGCAGAAGAAGAUUUGGAUAAUUCUGGGGAUGCAAACAGAUGGGAACAUCAAGAGUUGAUUGAACAAUUGCAGUCAGAAGUCUCAGAACUUAGAAAGGUUAGAACCAAUAGCCUGCCCACAAUUCUUGAAGAAUCUGAUGAUGAGUCUCCAGAAAUGAGUCUCCAGAAAUCUGAUGAGUCUCCAGAAAUGGAAGAAGACUACUGGAAGCCAUGGAAGAAUGUUGACCAAAGCUUCCAGCCUGAAAAUUGCAUGGCUGAUGAGCUCCACCAAUUCUACCAUGCUUACAAAGAGAGGAUGAGGAGAUUUGACAUAUUGACCUAUCAGAAGAUGUAUGCUAUAGGUUUUCUGCAUAAAGAACCUCUAAAAGAUCCAUUGCAACUACUCUCAACCCAGAAAUCUUCAUCACUCAAGUCGCUACUUUCACAAAACAUUUUGCUAUUCAAACACAAAAACCGUGGGGUUGAUCCACUGACAAGCUUCAUCAAAGAACUGCGCAGAGAUCUGGAAACUGUAUAUGUUGGGCAGAUGUGUCUAUCCUGGGAAUUUCUGCACUGGCAAUACGUCAAAGCCUUGGAUCUCCGGGGCUCUGAUCCGCGCCGACUCCAUCUAUACAAUGAAGUUUCUGAGGAGUUUCAGCAGUUCAUGGCGCUCAUGCUGAGAUUCAUGGAAGAUGAACCAUUUCAAGGGACAAGAGUUCAACAUUACAUCAAGUGCAGAUGUGAUUUUCGCAGCCUUCUGCAAGUUCCUCUGAUAAAGGAGGAUAGCUGGAUGGAGGAGACGAAGGCAAGAAGGUUUGAAAAUGGUGGCAACCCCAUUACAAGUGACAUGCUUGUGGAGAUCCUGGAAGAAUGCAUAAGAACAUUCUGGCGGUUUGUCAAAGCUGAUAAGGAAUCCUCUGCAGGCGCGGUGGGGAAGGGGCAAAAGAGAGUGCAUCCAGAAGUACGAAAUGCAGAAGAUAUUAGGCUCUUAAGGGAGGUUACAAAAAGUCUUCACAAGAAGGAGAGGAAGCUGAAAGACAUAUUGAGAAGUGAAAACAGCAUGUUGAGGGGUUUCAGUAGGUGCAAGGAAAAGGAUACAUAUCAUCAUCAUCAUGUUCUUUACUUCUUUUCUCAAGUGGAUAUGAAGUUAGUUUCAAGGGUGCUUAACAUGUCUGCAAUAACAAGAGACCAACUGCAAUGGUGCCAUAACAAAUUAAGCACCAUUAGCUUCCAACAAACAAAAAUUCAUGUACAACCUUCUUUUUUGCUCUUCCCAUCUUCAUAUUGAAGUAAUACUUGUUUAUAUAUACAUAAAAUUAUAUAAAAAUCAAAGCAAUGAAUUUUUCCGGCUGUAACAA